ACCAGAAGGGUGUUUGCACAUCAAGAUGCAAGUGCACAGACAGUUAAUGGAGAAAAAAAGCAACAACUUAUACUCAAGACUCCAAAAGGAACACAUGAUGUUCACCCAAAACAAAUGGCUGUUCGUGAGAAGGUAUUCAACCUAGUGGUGAAUUGUUUUAAACGCCACGGAGCUGAAAGUAUUGACACACCAGUAUUUGAGCUGAAGGACUUUGACAUUGCUGGACACUACGACCCCAUGAUCCCUGAUGCUGAGUGUCUGAAGAUUAUGUAUGAGAUCCUCAGCGAGCUGGAACUGGGAGACUUUCUCAUUAAGGUGAAUGACCAACGACUUCUGUCUGGAAUUCUUACUGUUUGUGGCAUCCCAGAAUCCAAAUUCAGAACUGUGUGCUCCUCCAUCGACAAGCUGGACAAGGUUCCUUGGGACAAGGUCAGGAGUGAAAUGAUUGAAGAGAAGGAGAUGAGACCUGAGAUCGUAGACCGGCUGAGUGAAUACAUCAAGCUUAACGGUGAUCUGUCCCUGAUAGAGAAGUUAAGUGAAGAUACUCGGGUAUCUCAGAACAAGCUGGCUAUGGAGGCUUUGAAUGACUUGAAAUUGCUGCACCGAUACCUAAAAAUCUUUGGCGUAACAAACAAGAUUGUUUUAGAUCUCAGUUUGGCUCGUGGGUUAGAUUAUUACACUGGAGUAAUAUACGAAGCUGUGCUGCUCAGCGAUAAGACAUCACAGAAUCAAGACCUUGGCAUUGGCAGCGUGGCAGCUGGGGGUCGUUAUGAUGAACUGGUGGGCAUGUUUGAUGCUAAAGGCAGAAAAGUACCCUGUGUGGGAAUCAGCAUUGGCAUAGAGAGGAUCUUUUCCAUAGCAGAGAAAAAAGCUGAGGAGUCAAUAGAGAAAAUCAGGACUACUGAAACCCAAGUACUGGUAGCAACAGCCCAACCAAUGUACCUUGAAGAGAGGAUGAAACUUCUUUCUAUGCUGUGGAAUUCUGGGAUUAAAGCAGAAAUGCUGUACAAGAAGAAUCCUAAAUUACUUACCCAGCUGCACUAUUGUGAGAGUGCAGGGAUACCCUUGGUGGCCAUUAUUGGGGAGCAGGAGAUUAAUAAUGGCGUGGUCAAGCUAAGAGAUGUAGCAACACGUGAGGAGGUUGACGUUUCCAAGGAAGACCUAGCAGAAGAAAUUAGAAAGAGGACAAGUUAGUUAAGAAUGUAUAAAUGCAGAAUUCAUCCCUAUGGCUUCAUCAAACAAGACUACAUGUUAUGGUGCAGAAAAGAGCUAAAGGAGAGACUUUGUAAAUAUAGGGAGUGAUAGUCAUUUUUUUAAUAAAUAUGUUGAAUUUGUUAA